AUGCUUACCCGCACUACGUCUCCAGCUGGUGCUGGUAAUGUUGGUGCUGGUGGUCCUUUAAGCUGGUUGAUGCGUUGUGUUGAACGUAAUUUCGAUUUCGGCAAACUGUUGAGAAGGUUCCUCGGCCUGCACCGUGUUCAGUUAUGGAGCGGAAAGCAGUGGCAGAACGAACUACAUGGGUUCAUCGCAGCCUACUCGGGUUACAACGAGUGGGAACCAAAGCAGAACAAUGUGCUAUGGGUCCAUCAAGAACCCUUUGACAAUAAUCUUAUUCGCGAUUACCUGCAAAACGAACAGGAUCCUAGCAUCGCUGAUUUCGUUGACAAAAAUCUCGACUUCAUCACUCAAAACACUCCUUUUGGGAAAUCGGCUGACAGAUUUUGGUCAGGAAUAAUACAGAAACAAGCACACCAAUUGAACAAGGCUCUGUUCAUAGACGUGCAUAAAAAAGACUUCUGGUUAUUGGACUCCACAAAGGCACAAGCAGCAGAGGAAGGAACUGAUCUUGUGUCCGUAGAGGAAAAAGUCAUGGACUUUGCGCUGAAGUGCGAUUUUUAUCACCCGUCUCAGAGGGUUAAGCACUAUGCCUAUAGUUGA